UAGUGCUUUAUUAAGAAAAUAUGGAUGUUGAUCUAGAACUGAUAUCCAGCUGUGACGGACAAAGGCUCUGUAACACUUUAAAGUUAGGAAGUGUGUGUUUAUUGCGAGAUAACUCCCAAAUACACACCGCGAUUUACAGGUUGUGAUUUCAUGGAUUUGAUUUCCUAAGGCAGUGCUGAGGAAGGGAUUGCAAACCCAUCAGGCCAUGGCCCUGGGAAGGAUGGAGCACAAAGACUGGUACAAGGUCCUGGGGGCCAAACCUUCAGACAGCCCAGCAGAACUGAAAAGGAAAUACCAAAAACUUGCUUUGUUGCACCACCCCGACAAGCAGGCGGCGGGCGCGGCGGAGGAGCGCGGGCAGCGGUUCCUGGAGAUCCACCAGGCCUGGAAAGUUCUGGGCAACGAGGAGACCAAGCAGGAGUAUGACCUGCAGCGGCGUGAAGAUAACCUGACAAAAGAAUGGCCACUUCACGAACAGAUUUAUCUUGAGGACAUGUCCUGGAAUGAAGAUGAACAACUCUACACUCUGUCCUGUCGAUGUGGGGGGAAUUACAGUGUCUCCAAGAGUGAAACCAAAGACGUAUCUUUGGUUUGUUGUGACACAUGUUCACUUGUUAUCGAGAUCCUGCAAUGAUUGUUUCAGUGAAGCACACUGAGUGUUACAAACUGUUCAAAAGACUGGACAAACACGUGACAGAAUCUGCUAAGGAAAUGUAUGUUAAAGAAAAGGGGGGCACUACAAGAAUGAGUUCAUUCAGGGUUAAAAAUGACAAGUUCCCCUUUGCUCACACAGCUGGGAUUCUCCUACUGCAGCUGAAGAGCUCAUUGCUCAACACCUCCAGCCCAGAACAGCAGUUUGUACAACUGGAAUGCAUCUCCUGAUCUAAAGGUCUCUUUCCCAGCAAACAACAGAGCAGCUUCUUCCAAUUUCAGUCUGCAGCAGCUCUUGGGCCCUUCUUCUUAGGUUAAAUCCUUGCAACAGCUCAGAUGACAAAAUUCAAUCAGGAGGCGCAGACGUGAGAAUGCUUUGAAGGUAAUGAAGAGCAAAGUUCAGCAGUGGGAAACAGGAACAUUUUCCAUUUGUAAGCUAAAUAUUUAAGUUCAUGAAGUCCUCUCAAGGGCUGGGGCCUAGGAGGAGGAGGAGG